AUGGAUGGGAAUGCCGGUUACAAUCAGAUAAAGAUGGCACCAGAUGACAUUCAUAAAACAGCUUUUAGGUGUCCCGGUCAUGUGGGGGCAUAUGAGUAUCUAGUCAUGCCAUUUGGGCUCAAGAAUGCUGGCGCGACCUAUCAAAGGGCAAUGAAUGCUAUUUUUCAUGAUCUAAUUGGCCAGAGCAUGGAAGUGUAUAUUGAUGACAUCGUGAGAGGUGUAGAAGUGGACAAAAACAAGUCUCGGGCAAUAUUGGAGUCACCUCCACCCAUUAACAAAGUACAGCUUCAGAGGCUACUAGGCAAAAUCAACUUCUUGAGGAGGUUCAUUGCUAAUUUAGCGGGCAAAAUCCAGCCGUUGACUCCUCUAUUAAGGUUGAAGGACAAAGAGAAUUUUGAGUGGGGGCCGACCCACCAACAGGCAUUUGACAGCAUCAAAACCUACCUAACGUCUCCACCAGUGUUGGUACCACCUCAAAGGGGAAAUCCCUUGAAGCUGUAUAUUUCUGCUUCGGAAAAAUCAAUCGGGAGUUUGCUAGCCCAGAAUAAUGAAGGUGGAAAGGAGCAGGCUGUAUAUUAUCUCAGCAGAAUUCUAACCGAGGUAGAGACAAGAUAUUCUCCGGUGGAGAGAUUGUGUUUAGCUCUAUACUUUACUGCCAACAAGCUAAGACAUUACAUGCUACAUUGUCACGUGCACAUCAUCGCCAAAACGGAUGUGAUAAAAUACAUGUUGUCAAAGCCUAUGCUAGCAGGAAGGAUCGGGACGUGGAUUUUGGCACUGUCAGAAUUCAGUUUUCAAUAUGUCCCUCAAAGGGCAAUCAAAGGCCAGGCAAUUGCUGACUUCCUGACUGAGUAUCAAGAACCUCAAAAUGAGGUAAUCAACAUCCCGGGAAGUCUGGAGGUUACUAGUGUUUGGAUCCCAUCGAGAAGUGAUGUUUCGGGCGAAGAAGACUGGAUCCAGCAAGAAAUAAGAAGAGGAAAUACUAAUAAUCGGGCAGAGUAUGAGGCUCUGAUUAUUGGUCUGGAAAUCCUAAUAGAUUUGGGAGCAACUGAGGUGGAGAUCUUUGGUGAUUCAGAAUUAGUAAUAAACCAGCUGAAUGGCGAGUUUAAAUGCAGACAUAUCACCAUGGCGGGGUACUAUAUGGCAGCGACGCAAUUAUUAAGUUUCUGGGAGUCGGAGAUAUCGGUCAAUCACGUUCCUAGGGGAUCUAACUUAGCAGCCAAUGAGAUGGCACAACUAGCUUCAGGAGUGCCAAUACAUGAAAGGAAGUAUGGUGUGGAUGUCGAGAUCCAAACAAGAAACCUUCCUUCUAUCUUAGACAGGGGAUUCAGUCUGGACGUAAUGGUUCUAGAAACCAAGGUAGAAGAUUGGAGGUCACUUAUCAUUCAUCAUUUGAAGGAUCCUUAUUCACCCACAAGUAAGAAGAAUAGGCAGCAAGCAACCAAGUAUGUCUUGUGGGCGAAGAAUUUGCUGAGGAAAACUCCAGAUGGGUUAUUGUUAAAAUGCCUAGGCCAAGAAGAAUCCAUGAGAGUGAUGGCCGAAGUACAUGAGGGGAUAUGUGGAGCACAUCAGGCAGGUACCAAGAUGAGAUGGCUGCUCAGAAGGUAUGGUUAUUUCUGGCCCGACAUGGAAAAAGAUUGCAAAUCCUAUGCCUGCGGUUGUGAAGAAUGUCAGAGGCAUGGACCUCUCCAGCACGUGCCUUCGGUGCCUUUGAAUCCAGUGGUCAAACCUUGGCCGUUCCGAGGAUGGGCAAUGGACUUCAUCGGGCAAAUCUAUCCAGCCUCCAGUAAAGGGCAUACUUUUAUAAUUGUAGCAACGGAUUACUUCACCAAGUGGGUGGAAGCAUCAGCAGUGAAAUCCAUAACUUCAGCAGUGGUCAAGAAUUUUAUCGAGACCAAGAUCCUGCAUAGGUAUGGGGUGUCUGAAACUAUAGUAACAGAUCGUGGGCCAUCUUUUGUUUCAAAGGAGGUCGAGGAAUUUGCAAGCAAGUACAAGAUAAAGAUAAUCCAGUCCAGUCCAUACUAUCCUCAGUCAAAUGGGCAGACAGAGGCUAGCAACAAAAUCCUGGUCAACAUUAUCAAAAGGAUGGUAAUGGACAGUCCAGAGAAGUGGCACGAGAUGCUGGGAAAUACGUUGUGGGCAUACAGGACUUCUAGAAGAGCGGGGAUAGGCACAACUCCUUAUGUCUUAACUUUCGGGUAA